GGAUCAGAAAUCGGGAGCCAGAGCACAGCGUGCCCGACCCCGCUGACCGAGCAGCCAGAGCCAGAGUGCGGACCCUCCGGGCCAGUGGGCACAGCCGGGGCCGGGGUGGGAGGCACAGUCCAUGCGGCGGCGGGCAGCGCUUGCCAGGCUCCGGGAAGCACGAGGAGGUGAGGCGAGGCGAGGCACGGCAAGGCAGGGGAAGGCAAGUGAAGGCGAGCCGCUCCGGCCGCUCUCGGACAUUGACCGCCAGGAUUUGAACAUAAUUUUUGGCAUAGAAAAAUUGUGACUGCUUAGAGGCUUCUUUGAUCUUCAUUGGACACCAAUACCUGGACAUCAUGAUCUCCCAUUUCAUCAUUUUUCUGAGAAUCUUUGGCUCCCUUUUGCUGUUUGGAUUCCAGCUUGUCCUCCCUCAGCCCUCCAUUGAGCACAGAAAGGUUCCUCAGAGGAUAGAAGAGUCCACUAAUGCUUCGGAAGAUAGUAAUGAGGGCAUCCCAGGAGUGUGGGGUGCUUGGGGUCCUUGGUCAGCUUGUUCUAGGACAUGCAGUGGAGGUGUGAUGGAGCAGACAAGACCUUGUCUUCCUAGCACUUACCGGAUGAGAGGUUACCUUAGGCCUGGGGCUCCAUUCCCAGCUUCGGAAAGGGCUCUCUCCUACCAUUGGGCACACCUCCGUGAAGAUUCAGGAAGUCCAUACUCUAGCCAUGUCAUCUCUGCCAUCCGCAACUCUGUGCCCCUCCAUAGAACCCAGGAUCAGAGAGCAGGACUGCAGUCCACUGACAGUUUUGGGGACCGGAAUGAUAGCCAUCUAAACCAAGGGAUCUUGAGGGGCAGUCGGCAUUCUCACUCUCGAGGGAGGGAACCAAAAUCAGAAAGAAGGAGUAGAAACAGAAGUCCCAUUGCCCCUGGAAAAUAUGGCUAUGGGAAAGCUCCAUACAUAUUACCACUGCAGACGGACACUGGCCAGCCCCCUCAGAGGCUUCGGAGACAGAGACAGUCAGCUCAGCAUCAAAGAUACCAUGGGGAGGCAGACCUUGGUCCUCAUUACAGCCAUCUAGCAACCUCUGCUGUACAGCGCAGGCAUCUCUACCAAGGCAACCAUGCUUCUCAGCCCAGACUCCAGCCCUUGGAGUCCUCAAUUUACCAGCCACCUUUAUCCCGUCUCCAGGGCUUCCCUGCAACUCCAAGUCUAUUCCAUAGCAUGGAAGUGAGUAGUAGCCCUGGUGGAGGAUCCCACCGUUCAUCUCUCCGUCCACCCCACAGCUUUUCUCAGCCCCACCGAUCUACAGAGAUCAUGUGCAUUGGAGCUUACCGACAAUACAAGCUCUGUAACACUAACCAAUGUCCAGAAAACAGUAGAAACAUCCGGGAGGUACAGUGCGCAUCCUAUAACAACAAGCCUUUCAUGGGUCGUUUCUAUGAAUGGGAACCAUUUGCAGAAGUACGGGGAAAUCAAAAGUGUGAGCUGAACUGCCAAGCAAUGGGCUAUCGCUUCUACGUGAGGCAAGCUGAGAAGGUCAUUGAUGGCACUCCUUGUGACCAGAAUGGCACAUCCAUCUGUGUAUCAGGGCAAUGCAAGACUAUUGGCUGUGACGACUACCUAGGCUCUGACAAGGUCGUAGAUAAAUGCGGUAUCUGUGGAGGAGACAACACAGGCUGUCAGAUUGUGUCAGGAGUGUUUAAGCACACCCUCACCAGCCUGGGCUAUCACCGUGUUGUUGAAAUCCCACAAGGGGCCACAAAAAUUAAUAUCACUGAGAUGUACAAAAGCAACAAUUAUUUGGCACUUCGGAGCCGAUCAGGCCGUUCCAUCAUCAAUGGAAACUGGGCAAUUGACCGGCCUGGUAAAUAUGAAGGCGGAGGGACGAUGUUCACCUACAAGCGCCCAAAUGAAAUCUCUAGCACUGCAGGAGAGUCAUUUGUGGCUGAAGGUCCCACUAAUGAGAUCCUAGAUGUCUAUAUGAUACACCAGCAACCCAACCCAGGUGUCCACUAUGAGUAUGUUAUCUCAGGAACUAAUGCCAUUAGCCCACAGCUACCACCUCACAGAAGACCAGGAGAGCCUUUCAAUGGGCAGCUAGCUGUGCCAGAUGGAAGGAAUCCAGAGGGAGAGGAAAAGCAACAAGAAGAGAAAAAGGAGAAAUUUCCCAAUGGGGACAUGGAAAUAUUUACUGAAGACACCACCCACACCUUUGCAGUGAGACAGCCUGAAAGAUUUUCCCCCCACCAGCCAGACAACCUGGUUCCAGUUGUACAACCACCACGGAGAACCAGAGACCACAACUGGAAGCAGGUUGGGACAACAGAGUGCUCAGCUACCUGUGGGAAAGGAUCACAAUAUCCCAUCUUUCACUGUGUGAGCAGAAGUUCUCACGAAGAGGUUCCCGACAGCUAUUGUGACCCUACCACCAAACCUACUCCUGAAGAAGAACCCUGCAAUAUUUUUCCUUGCCCAGCCUUCUGGGACAUAGGGGAAUGGUCUGAAUGCAGCAAGACAUGUGGCCUUGGAAUGCAACACCGCCAAGUUCUCUGUCGCCAGAUGUAUGCCAACAGGACCCUAACUGUGCAGCCAUACCGCUGCCAGCACCUGGAGAAACCAGAGACCACCAGUACUUGCCAGCUGAAGAUCUGUAGUGAGUGGCAAAUCCGGACAGAAUGGACCUCGUGUUCAGUACCUUGUGGUGUGGGGCAAAGGACUCGAGAUGUGAAGUGUGUCAGCAACAUCGGGGAUGUUGUCGAUGAUGAAGAAUGUAACAUGAAGCUCCGGCCAAAUGACAUUGAAAACUGUGAUAUGGGGCCCUGUGCAAAGAGCUGGUUCCUGACAGAGUGGAGUGAAAGGUGCUCUGCAGAAUGCGGUGUUGGAGUGAGAACACGUUCAGUGGUGUGCAUGACCAACCAUGUUAGCAGUCUGCCCUUAGAGGGCUGUGGCAACAACAGACCAGCAGAAGUUACCCCCUGUGACAACGGGCCCUGUGCUGGCAAAGUGGAGUGGUUUGCUGGGAGCUGGAGUCAGUGCUCAAUUGAAUGUGGGAGAGGAACACAACAGAGGGAAGUGAUUUGUAUAAGGAAGAAUCCGGCCACCUUUGAUGUGUUAGAUCCACACGAAUGUUCAUUCUUAGAAAGACCUCCCAGUCAGCAAUCCUGCUACCUCAAACCCUGUGGUGCUAAAUGGUUUAGUACAGAAUGGAGCGUGUGCUCCAAAAGCUGCCAAGGUGGAUUCCGGGUACGAGAGGUACGAUGUCUAUCAGAUGACAUGACACCAAGUAACCAAUGUGACCCUCAGUCUAAACCAGAAGAGAAAGAAUCUUGCAAUCCUCAGGACUGUAUCCCUGAAAUUGAUGAAAACUGCAAAGACAAAUACUACAACUGCAACGUGGUGGUCCAGGCCCGGCUCUGUGUGUACACCUAUUAUAAGACUGCAUGCUGUGCAUCCUGUACAAGAGUGGCUAACAGACAGUCGAGUUUUGCAGGGCGUAGAUAAUGCCCAUUCCAAUCACUGGGGGAUUGGACAGAUUUGUAAGCAGUGUUGUUGGGGUGCCUCUCAGCAGGCUCUACCUAGCUCGGGGGACACACAAAUACAAUUUAAUCACAUCUCUUCAGUUAAAUAUAAUGGGGAAGGGGUAUCUGGGAGCACAUUAGGGUUGUAAAAAUGAUGCUCUCAAAUGAUGCCUCAUCCUCUGAACAUUCCCAUUGAUUAAUCCUGCCCCACGUGCCCAGCAUCGGCUAACGGCCCUCAUGAGAACCGUGCAGCCAAGCUGUUAUCCCAACACAUUCCAAACCAGCAAUGCUGUUGACCAAGUGUUUUGUGGCUGUUGGUGUUUGUGGACUCUCUAAAAAUUAGUGGACUAAAGAUAGGACCUGGGAAAAGUAAUUUUGUAUCUGUCAACCUCAUUAAGCUUUUCUGAGUGACACCUAUCUUUUCCUUUCUCUAAUCUCAGCUUACCCAUACCUGUUUUCCGUCCGGCCUUACCAAGGAUCACAUACUCUACUUAGGUCACCAGAUAAGUAAAAUUCUGAAUAACCAGAUACCUUUUCACCAAUAUAAAAAUAUCGUAUCAAAUACCAAAUGUCCAUGAAAUUUACAACCUAGAGUAUGAAAAUAUGAGUAGAGGCUGAGAAUUCUCUCCCCAAAUCUUUAUUCCCCAAUACUUUGUCCUUAAAAACUGACCAGUAAGUGUUCUCUCCCCCACCCCUAGGAGUACACACAAAUCAUUGAUGCAUGGAUGUCUUAGGGCUUUGUCAAUAAAGUAAUAUUUGUUAGGACUGAGCAGCUAGUGAUUUGAUUGGCUGAAAUUUUCACUCUCCUUUUAUCCAUCUGCAUAUUCCCCACCCCAACAGGAAUUUUUCUUCUAUGACCCAUUAACUAACGGUACAAUUUUAUUUUGUGCUCAAAAAUAGGUUCUAGAACUUGGGGGAAUCUUAGAACCCAUUUGUUCUGUCCUUUUCAUCUUACAGAUAAGGAAACCUAAGCCCAGGAAGGUGAAGCAAUUCCCCUGAGGUCAUGCAAUUAGUAAAGUCAUCAAGGCAGAAUUUGAACCUACAUCCACUAACUACACAUUUAGUCAUCUUUCCAUCACUCUACUUUACAGAGCACCUUACAGUUUACAGAGUACAUUCUCCACAACAUUCCUGUAACACAACACAAAAUUAUUGACUCCAUUUUAUAGAUGAAGAAACAGAGGCUCAGAGAGAUAAGGCUGAAAUCCUGCCUCUGUCACUUUACUAUG